AUCCACCCUCGUCCCUGAUUCGCGACCUACCUGAUUCUGUCUUACUAUUCGACCCAGCGUAAGAGUCUAUAAAACUAUCCUCUCGUAGCCUUCCGCCCCUCAUGAGGGCCUUAUCGCUUUCCAUCUCUAUUCUCGUAGCAAUACUUUCCAUUGUCCUAUUCCGGGAACAAGUAGCCGAGCUUGCGACCGUAUCUCUCAACGCCAUCCUAGAGAAAUUCAAUAAGUCCUACGACAAUAGUAGUAGUAGUAGCAGCGUCGCGACAGAUCGCAACACCGUGACGACGACGACGACCUCCGAUUCCGAGUCCGCAUCCCCUUUCUACAAUCCCAAAGAAAAGCUCGUCGCGACCGAGAUGUCUAUCCCGCGCGCAAUCCGGAAGGUCUUCCUGGCCGUCGAACAAGCCGAAGGCGCCGGUGCUCGAGUCCGCCGAUCGAUCGGCACCCCGCAACUGCGCAACUUCUCGCCCUUCCUCAUGCUCGACCACUUCAGCAUCAAGCCCGGGUCGGGCUUUCCCGACCACCCGCACCGGGGCCAGGAGACGAUCACGUACCUGCUCAGCGGCGCGGUGGACCACGAGGACUUCGCGGGCAACGCGGGCACGAUCGAGGCGGGCGACCUGCAGUUCAUGACGGCGGGGCGCGGCAUCAUGCACGCGGAGAUGCCGCGGCAGAACCCCGACGGCAGCGCCAACGUCGGCCUGCAGCUGUGGGUCGACCUCCCCGCCCACCUCAAGGCGUGCGAGCCGCGCUACCGCGACCUGCGCGCCGCCGAGAUCCCGAGCGCCGACCUCGACGACGGAAAGGUCCACGUUAAAGUUAUCUCGGGCCAGGCCGCCGGCGUCGACAGCGUGAAGGACCUCGCGUACACGCCCGUCUGGAUCCUCGACGUUACCAUAAAGCCCGGCGGCAAGCUGGCGCAGCCCGUGCCCGCGGGCUGGAACGCGUUCUCGUACCAGCUAGAGGGCAGCGCGGUGUUCGGUGUGGGCGAGGCCAAGAGGACGGUCGAGCAGUACCACAACUGCGUGUUCGAGGCCGAGGGCGACACGGUGGUGGUCGAGGUGCCCGAAACGGCGAAGGAGAGCGCGCGCUUUGUGUUAAUUGCGGGCCAGGUACUCGACCAGAAGGUCGUGCAGUACGGCCCGUUCGUGCUCAACUCGCCCGAGGAGGUCCGGAAGGCGUUGAUCGAUUACCAGUUCCACAUGAACGGCUUCGAGAGGGCUAAGGACUGGCAGAGCGAGAUCGGGAAGACGAUGGCUGGUUGAGCGGCCGAGUUGUUGAUCGAUGAUGAAUGUGCAUGUGUGUAUAUAUUCGCGGCGGCCAGAUGCCUUCCCCUGCCCUCUCACAGCCUUUUUUGGCAUUGGCGAAGUUUCUUGUAUAUAGUUCCCCCCUUUUUAAUUUUUGGCAAGCCACUGCAUUGGUUGGCU